AGGCAAUAAAUAUGGUGAUAAGCAGAAAGUAACGGGGUAUGACCAUUUUGAUGGGUGGUCAGGGAGGGGCUCUCUAAGGAAAUGACAUAUGAUCUGAGGCUUGAAGGAUAUAAAUAAGCCAACCACACAAAACCAGGGGAAGAGGGUUCUAGCAAAGGAAACGAAAAGUGCUGAGUCCCCCAGGCAGCAAAGGGCUUGUCUUGUUGAGGAACAGUCUGAAAGCCAGUGUGAAUGGAGCAUAGUGAGAAAGGCAAAACAAGUAGAGCUGAUGAUGUUGGCAAAAUGGGGAGAGGUGAGGUCACGCAGUGCCUGAGCGAUGGUGUGUGCACCUAACGUAAUACCUGGAACAUGAAAGGUGGCCGUCAAUGUUGAAUGAGAAGAAUACAGAAGUGCAUUCCAAAGCUGACUGUUCAUGGCAUAUACUGUUAGAGGAUGCUCACUGGCAUUUAUUUGUAUAACCAUGUGGCUGUUGAUUAAAGCAAAAAUAGAUGUGUGCAAGAGAGGAGGAGUAACCGUGAAGCCUUCCCAUGUAAUAUCACUUGGAUCAGCCGUCAAUAUUUCAUGCUCUUUGAAGCCCAAACAAGGCUGCUCAGGCUAUUCUAGUUCUAACAAGUUAAUCCUCUACAAGUUCUACAGAAAAAUCCAUUUUCAGCAAGGCCUGACCCUCAGCUCUCAAGUCACAGACCUUCCCCUUGGCACAACCGUGUUUGUCUGCAAACUGGCCUGCAGCAGUAGUGACGAGAUUCGAAUAUGUGGGGCAGAGAUCUCCGUUGGCGUUGUUCCAGAACAGCCUCAAAAUGUAUCUUGCAUACAGAAGGGAGAACAUGGGACUGUGGCCUGCACAUGGGACAGAGGAAGAGACACCCACCUAUAUACUGCCUAUACUUUACAGUUAAAUGGACCAAAAAAUUUAACUUGGCAGAAGCAAUGUACAGAUCAUUAUUGUGAUCAUUUGGAUCUUGGAAUAAACCUAAAGCCUGAAUCACCUGAAUCCAGUUAUACAGCCAUGGUUACUGCUAUCAAUAGGCUUGGAAGUUCUUCUUCAUUUCCAUCCAUAUUCACAUUCUUGGACAUAGUGAAGCCUCUUCCUCCGUGGGACAUCAGAAUCAAAUUUCUAAAUGCUUCCGUGAGAAGAUGUACCCUUCAUUGGAGAGAUGAGGGAAUGGUGCCCCUUAAUCGACUCAAAUAUCGGUCCAUUGAUGGCGGGUCCUGGAAUAUGGUUAAUGUUACAAAUGCCAAAGGAAAACAUGAUUUGCUUGAUCUGAAACCAUAUACAGAAUAUGAAUUUCAGAUUGCCUCUAAGCUACAUCUUCAUAAAGGAAUUUGGAGUGAUUGGAGUGAAUCAUUGAGGACACAAACACCAGAAGAAGAGCCUACUGGGAUGUUAGAUGUCUGGUACAUGAAACAGCACAUCAACUACAAUAAACAACAGAUUUCUCUUUUCUGGAAGGGGAAACCAGGAGAGAGGGACACCCAGCCACUGCAGAGAAACUUCAGGCCUUGGCACCACAGGAAGCCCCAAGUACAGCCCAAUUACAAUACGCAAGCCUCCAGUGACACAAAGGUGGUGGCUUUGCGUGUGGUGCAUCGCCCGGAAGGCAUUGGACAGAAAGAGAACCUGGUCUUCUGCAUGGAAGGGUUGCUGGCUCCUCACCACGUCUCUGCACACUCAGAGGGCGUAGACAACAUGGUGGUGACUUGGAAGCCGCCUGGGAAGGCUGUCCAGGAGUAUGUGGUGGAAUGGCGGGAGCUCCAUCCAGAAGGCAGCACACAGCCCCCUCUAAACUGGCUGCGGAGUGCAUCCUCUAGUGUGUCUGCUUUGAUUUCAGAGAACAUAAAACCCUACGUUUGUUAUGAAAUCCACGUGUACGCACUGUCAGGGGACCAGGCAGGAUGCAGCUCCAUUUGGGGUAGCUCUAAGCACAAAGCACCCUUGAAUGGCCCCCAUAUUCAUGCCAUCACAGAGGAAAAGGGAGGCAUUUUAAUUUCAUGGAACAGAAUUCCAGCCCAGGAGCAAAUGGGCUGCAUCCUGCGUUACAGGAUCUACUGGAAAGAACGGGACUCUGAUUCCCAACCUCAGCUCUGUGAAAUUCCCUAUAGAAUAUCCCAAAACUCACACUCAAUAAACAGCCUGCAGCCCAGAGUGACAUACAUCCUGUGGAUGACAGCUCUGACAGCUGCUGGAGAGAGCCCCAGAGGAAAUGAGAGGGAAUUUUAUCUGCAAGGUAAAGCCAAUUGGAGUGCAUUUGUGGCACCAAGCAUUUGCAUCGCUGUCAUCACGGUCAGCAUUUUCUCAGUGCGUUACUUCCGGCAAAAGAAGCCAGGAAGCCAUUCCGUUCCUCAAGGAAAGAGUUGUAAAGAAGGUGAGGUUACUCAGGAGGCAGAGGAGAGAGAACUGAGGGUAAAGGAAGAGAAGGGGGCUGCUGCAGCGCAGUCUGAGAAGGUGAGGAUGUGCUCACAGCCUCUUCUACCUCCCUUCUCUCAGGAGAAGACACAGCUCCCCGUGGAAAGGCUCCUGACAGCUGGGCACACUCCUGAAGAACCUGAGACACUGGUCAUCAAUGAGGUCAUUCAUCAAGUGGCCCCAGCCUUCAGACAUCCCCAUCGCCUCAAGUGGCCAGAAAGGCAACAAGGAGUCCAAGGUCACUGUACAUCUGUGGAAGACAUAGCACCUCCAAGAGCCCUCACAGCUGAGACAAGACAACUAGGCGACCUGUACAAGAUGCUGGGGGGCAGGGUCCCUGACUCAAAGCCUGGAAACCAAGUCAGCCCCUUGACAGUCCUCCCGGUGGACUUUCUUCCCACGCAUGAAGGCUACUUACCCUCCAACAUAGAUUACCUCCCUUCACAUGAGGCUGCUGUCCCUGACCCUCUGGAAGAACUGGAGCCUCAGCACAUCUCCCUUUCUGUUUUCCCUUCAAGUUCCCUUCACCCACUCAGCUUUUCCUGUAGUGAGAAACUGACUCUAGAUCAGUUAAAGAUGGGGUGUGGCUCCCUUAUGCUCUGAGAGACGAAGCUUGAAGCCUGCAAAGUCAACGAGCCCCCAACCAGCGCAGCAUACCCCAUCUCCCCAGCCCCCUCUCCAAGAGGGAUAAAAUUAAAUACUCUAGUAGCCAUCACCUCUGAGUGCUGCCAUCAGGUCUGGGUGCUGCAGGACAGCCGGCAAGCCAGCUCAUGGUUAGUCUUGGGAACCGAGCAUUGGCCUUCACCCAAAUACCUCAUCUUGACUUUUCCAGAGCCUUAACAUUACAUCCUCCACCAUGUGGACUUACACACUUCAGCCGGGGUUCCUGGCAACUUUCUUGGCUAUGCUGGCCAGAAAGGGAAAAGGGGAGGAGAAGCCAAAACUCCUACUAGCAGUGGCCAACAGUCUAGAUGACCAUUCAUGCAACAAGUAUUUAUAAAACACCUACUACAUACAGGCCUCAUGCUCUAGAUCAGUACUGUUCAAUAGAACUUUCUGAAAUGGUAGAAAUGCUCUAUAUCUGCACUGUCCAAUACUGUAGACGCUAGCAACAUGUGAUUACUGACCACUUGGAAUGUGUCUAGCAUGACUGAGGAAUUGAAUUUUGAUUGUAAAUUGAAAUACCCACAGUGGCUUAGUGGCUACCACAUUGGACAGUGUACUCUAGAUGGUAAUACACUAUUGAGAAUUAUAGGGAGCCUUCAAAACAAAUUUUGACUUGCAUGAACACCAGUUUAAAAGGGCCCCCAAGACAAUUACUGUCCUAUUUGAUGAAGCCUAUGAAUGCAUCUUUUUUUCUAAUUUCCCUUUGUUUUGCUAGCGUAUUGUGGUUUUAUUUUGCCUUCACACUCUUUCAAUGAAUCAAGAGCAAUUUGGAGUGCUACCAUAAAUCCACUGUAGGACUUUGGGCAAAGCAAGGCUUCCUCAUGAAAACUUCAAGCUGAUCCUCAGGCAGCUCAAGUUCAGCCUGGAAGAUAAUUCCCUUUUCCAAGGAUGAAUUGGGAACAUGACCCAUGUUUUAUACCUUUAAAGCUGUGGCCCCAGGCUUCUCACCUUCCCUCUCCCAUCUCUCUCGAUGCCUUCACUAUCAUUUCUUCCACUGAGCUGGUGGGGAAUUAUUGGUCCGAACUGCUAAUACUUACUGUGUCAUUCAGACAGUAGUACCCUUUCCAAAAGAAUAUAGAAUGAGAAGUCCCAAAAGGAUCUUUUUCCAAAAUCCCUCUCCAAGCCUGGGGCCUCCUUCACCCACACCCUAUCACUGGAACUGGGGCAGCUUCUCCACUAUCCUUGGUUUGGAUUUUCAUUAAAAAAAAUUUUUUUUUUUUUUGUUAACGGAUGUAUACUUCUUCCCUAACCCACCAAACUAGAAAUAUGUCCACACUGAUUCACAGCCCAGUCCUGUAUAAAUAAUUUUUCGCAGCCUUUUGGUUUACCAGACUUCCCUGAGCUCUAGAGGUUGAAGUGAUGAACAUUUGUUCUACUUGUUCGUGUUGAAACUCUUUAUUCAUCCUUGCUUCCUGACAUGCCAGACCUUAUACAUUUAGUCCUCACAGGCUUUCUUUAAAAAGCUUAAGGUCCUUCCUGACAUUUCUAUCCUAUUUAGCUUUGCACAGCCCCUUCACACCAUAGUUCCUUGCAUCUCAGCAUUAGCUGUGGCUUGUUUGCACCCAGGAUGUAGUGCCCCUCCAUCAACUUGUUUGAAACAGAGAAGGCCUCCUCCUCAGAAGCAGGCCAACCUAUUACCUCUUGGCAGUGGGAGCUAUCUUUACUGCUUUCUUGUAAUACCUGUUUUCCUUACCUUUCGUUUCCUUUGGAUUAUGUGCUAUCAAUUUUUUAGUUGCUCUCCCAUCCUCCUUUGUCCCCAGCACCCAGUCUCCCUUUCACCCCUACUCCCUUUCCUUUCCCUUCCAGUCCUAGGUGAUGCUGCAGUCAUUUGUCUCCCUAAAAGAAGAAAAAUUGCGCAUUACCUCUCCUGAGAAGCCUUCCUUGACUCCUUUAGGCUGCGGCAGAUUCCCCUCCUCCAUGCUCGCACAGCACUUACUUCCUCUACUGGGCUGUAAACAGCUUGCAAGCAGGAACCACGGUGUGUUUCCCCAGUACCACUCUUGGUUUAGAGCUGUUGGGUGCCCCCAACUUGACUUCGACUUGUAGCAAGCAACUCCAUGUGAGACGGUAGAACUGCCCCCAUAGGGUUUUCUAGGCUGUAAUCUUUAUGGGAGCAGAUUGCCAGGUCUCUUCUCCCUCGGAGCUGCCAGGUGAGUUCAAACUGUCAACCUUUCUGUUAGCAGCCGAGCGCUUACGCAUUGUGCCACCAGGGUCCUUUGGUCCAUAAAAGGCUUUCAACAAAAAGUAAAAGAUGUCACCUGCUACCUCUUUCAUCUUGUUCCUUCUGUUUCAAGUCAGUCUAGCUGUGCCUGCCUCCUCUUUAUUGGGACGGUUGACAGCUUGCAUUUUUCAUUCCCAGCUCCCAUUCACUCUACCCCAUUUUCAUUGAAGGCACUGCUGUGAUACAUGUAGAGGAAUUUAUUUUAAAGACAUAUUUGAACAUGUCUUUGGCUGCUCAUUCUGCCAGAUAAAAUGUCCUGUUUCCGUGAAUGACAGAUGGGUAACCCUGCCUUGCCAUUGCCAGGUAGUUUUCACAAUUCCUUCUCUCCCAAUCAAUACUCCAAAUCAGGUUACCAGGUUUACCAGGACUAGAAGCUCAGAAACAUUCAUACACCCAAGCUUUCAUUCCACAGGAAAAUGAGCAAUUAUAUUAAAUCCUCACUCCUGAUACACAUCCCAAAGCCAACCCAGAAAUUUCUGCUCUACUAAAACUCACAUAUUCCUUAAUUCUCUGGGACCUGAAUGACUGUCAAUACCACUGCCGAGUUCAUUUUUAAUGAAUUCAUGAGAAUUUCCACUACCGUUUCUGAUGUAGAGACUCUUACCAUGAAUUGUUCCUUGAAAAGGCCUGUUUCCUAGAAGCCAGAGACUAUUUCCUUGGCUCGUCUUCCUUAUUGACAUUACCAGCCAAUUCUGACUCAUGGCGAACCCAUGUGUGUCAAAGUAGAACGCUGCUCCAGAGGCUUUUCAAUAGCUGAUUCUUCAGAAGUAAUCACCAGGCCUUUCUUCUGAGGCACCUCUGGGAGUAACUAUUUGCACUACCCAGGGACUCCUUAUAGACAUUAGGAAAAGUCAAACUAAUGUUAUCUUCCUCCACUCUGUCCCAAUUUCUCAGCUUUCAUUAAUAGGCUGCAGUUGCAACUCACCAAUGCCCUGAGGCCAGUGAAAAAGAUGCCAAGCUGAGCACAUUCUAUUUGCCAACUGUGUGUGUUAGAUUCUUGGUUUUUCUCCACUAGGUUCUUUGUCUUUCACCUGAUGCAGUUGUCACCUGUCCCAAGAUCGAUUCUCAAACCCUCGCUGUUUUCCUUUCCUAGCCUCCAGGACUCACAGAAGUUCACACUAUUCACCUUUUCUGGAGGGCAGCUGGGCAAUAUUGAACAAGAUAUAAAUAAGCAACUUAACUUCUAGCAAUGUAGCUUAAGGAGCAGUAUACACAUUCUAAGUUGAACGCAGUAUUCAUCACAGCAUUGAUUAUAACAGUGGAAAAGCCUAAAUACCCUUCAGUAGAAACUUGCUUAAAUCAUGAUAUAGCUGUACAAUGAAAUACUGAAUUUCAUGGAAUAUAAGACUGCACCACUUUUAAGACGCUCCACCAUUUUAUGUUUUGAGUAGAAAAAAAAUACUAAUUAAAGUGUAAUAAACCAUCAAUUAUAUGAUGCAAUUUUUCUCCAAAUUUUAACAUGUCUGAAAUUGGGAUGGAUCUUAGAAUUGAUGAAAAGCGUACUAUGCAGCCUUUUUUAAAAAUGUAGAAGUGCUUGACAUGAAAAAUGGUCAGUUACAAAAGGCUGAAUAGGAUCAUCACCACUUUUAUAAAUUAUCACUGCACCAAAACAUCCAAACGAAUAUCCGCCAGUAUGUAACAGUGAUUAUCUCUGGGCUAGUCCCCUCCCCCCCGCCCCAUCACAAAUAUGCAUUAAAUUAUAAUUAAACGAAAAGUCAACAAUACCAAUUUCUUCUUAAAGCCCUGAAAACAGUGGGUCAAGACAGACACUGCCGACUACUUUGAAGACAUUUCCUGGUGGCUCAUCACCCUCCACCCUCAUUUGUCAGUGUCUGGCACUUUCACUGACUGUAUUUGUACUUCUGUCAAAGACAGGAAAAGGCAAAACAGAUGACACCAACAGGUGAGGCUUGGAGUUGGUGAUAAGGUAUUGAGUCAGUGCAUUUUUGAAAUCCAGAGUUUGUGUAACAAGCCAAUUUUUGCCAAAUUCCCAUUCUAACAGGAAUUGUUACAAAUGAUUAAUAAUAGCAUCCAACACGGUACUUAGUGUGUGCAGGCAGUUUUCAAGUGUUUUAACUCAAUUCUCACCACCACCAGUUAAGUAGGUGUUAUCUGCAUUAUACAGAUAAGGAAACUGAGAUAGAAGGUUAUGUAACUUGCCAAGAAUCACACAACUAGUACCUAAUACCAAAGAGUUUGGUUUCAGACCUCAUUCUUUUAAUUAUUCUAUAAUUCCUUUCUGUGCAAAGGACAACUUUCCAGAUAAAUUUACAUCAACUAGGGUUCUACUGCAGUUAAUUAUAAAAUCUUUGAAGUUAUUUUUACUAUGCUUCCCCAUACUUGUCAAGUUCAGUUCAUACUUAGUUCUUGCAAUAACAACCUAAAAACCAGGUAAUUUUAAAACAAACACCACCAGGACGAAUUUGGCACUCCUGAAUUUAAGUUUAUCUCCCCAGCUAUUCUAAAUCCUAUAAUUCAAGACAUAGGUAGGCCACAGAAGGGAAAUGCUACUCCCAAGAAAGUAUUUUCUUUCAAGGAAAUUGAUAAAUGGAGUAAAGCUAUAAAUAAAAGCAUUAGGCCUUUUAAACAGAAAAGCAAUCAGAGCAAUGUGCUCCUCUCUUUGAAUUAAAAUAGCUAUAACCAAACCAAACCCAUUGCCUUGGAGUCAAUUCCAUUCCGACUCAAACCCAAUUUAGCUACUAUUUAGGUAUUAGGGCUGCUUUUGACUCAGUCUUGCUUGUAUAAAUUCUUGAAACGUACAUAACUGCCUUUCCUAUAUCCUAUGCUAAGUGGCUCCAUACUUUGCAAGUGAAGUGGUCACUGCUUUCUUCAUUUACAAAGGACAAAACCAUUCUUAAACUGGUUCCGCUGAGAUUUCUAUCACAUCUCUAAGAAACAUAUUACGUGAUGCUAUGGGGUCCCUUUAAGUCAAUUCAGGCUACUGAAAUUGCCACACUUUAAAGGAUUCUUCCAGGUACCCUGUUUUUGCCUGGACAAUGUCAGGUGACGUUCAAAACACUUUCCUCUUUCACUUUCAUACAUUUUACCACCUACAGGUAGGUAACAGGACUCAAAGAAACACUUAUGAAAGCUAUUACUGGAUUCUCACAGAGAAUAAACUAAUCUUAAAGGCCCUGAAUUUUCACUGGGAAGAAUAAACCCAUGGCUAGGGCAUUUUCGCUAGUUCAAAAAAAACUGUACCAUUUAUUUCAAAAUUGGUUAACUUGCAACAGAACACCUGUUCCUUUAUUAAACAAAAUCUCAAUCCACUUGCUGAAAUGGCAAUCAGGUAUCCCUGCAAAUUGCAGAGAAUGUGGCCUGUGCAACCUGAAGGUACUUCUCUUGUGGGGGCCAAACCAAGAAGCCACGAUACAAGCCUAUGAAAAAAAAAUCUCCCAAGGUGAAAAGAAGACGUCCCAAGAUUUCAUAUAGGAACAGAAAUCAUACUUUAUUCCAUCACAGAAGAAGUAAAAGAUCAUUUGCCUUCGUUUCCCAGUGCUGUAAAAAAUAUGUUUCCUAAGGUUCUUUCUUCUCCAUCUCUGGUACUUGUACUAAAAUUCCAUUUGAAUAGACUCUUUUGUGUUCCUAUAAAAACACUAUCACCCUUAGUUGACCCUCUCUGAUUUACGGCAGGGUAGCUUUCAGGGCAAGUGCAGAAACAGUUUUUUAAAUAACACCCACAUUUGACUUGCUUGCAAUAGAUUAAAAAAGGGAGUAAGUAUAAAUAACUUGCAAGUAUACUUAAGUCAGUAUAAGUCCCUUCUCCAGCUACAGAUGCAAUCUUUGAAUCAAUUCUUCUGAAAAUCUGCAGUCAUCUUUAGUUUAGUAACCCUAAGUAGCAAGAGACAGAUGAUCCUGAAAAAAAGGGAACACCCAUGCUCUCUCCUGUAACUGAGGUGCUGGUUAUUUAUGUUCUUCAAGCAAGUUUACUGGCAAUUUUCUCUAUUAAGACUUUGCCCAUUUUCUGCUGAAGAGAACUUCUUUCUCAGAUGAUUUAUAAGUAUUUUCACUGAGCAUUGCACAGCAUCCAAAGCACUUCUCUUAUUUCAGUCAAAAUGACUUUCAGCUCUAGCACUUUGCUCAAGAUGUAGGGGGUCAUCUGACUGUUAAUAAAAACACUUCACCCUACUGGAUUUUGUUAAUACAGAAUGAGUAAGCACCACUCAGUCUUCAAGAGAUACUGUCAUUAUGAACAAAAUACAGUGGUCGGAGGCACACACAAUAUAACUGCUAAUAUGUAUUUUUUUCCAACACAACCUAUACCUUAAAAAUAGUUUUAUUCAAUCCAAUCUCCCCAGACA